GUUGGCCUCUCAAAACCCAAAACCCUAGAAGUAGAGUAGCGAGAGAUUGAGAGAGAGAGACAGCAGCGUCGACCAGCGAAGAUGUCGAUGUCGAAGGGGUCGAAGAUGCUGCAAUACAUCAACUACCGGAUGCGGGUUACGAUCCAGGACGGGCGGCAGCUGGUGGGCAAGUUCAUGGCCUUCGACCGCCACAUGAACCUCGUCCUCGGCGAUUGCGAGGAGUUUCGCAAGCUUCCGCCAGCCAAGAAAGCUGGCGAAGAGCGCGAGGAUCGCCGCACCCUCGGUCUCGUCCUCCUCCGCGGCGAGGAGGUCGUCUCCAUGACCGUCGAGGGCCCCCCUCCCCCUGACGAGUCCCGCGCCAAGGCUCAGGCCGCCGCCGCCGCCCUUGCCGGCCCCGGCCUCGGCCGGGCCGCCGGCCGCGGCGUCCCCACCGCCCCCCUCGUCCAGGCCCAACCUGGCCUCGCCGGCCCUGUCCGCGGCGUCGGAGGCCCCGCCCCUGGCAUGAUGCAGCCCCAGAUCUCCCGCCCCCCCGUGCCCCAGCUCUCCGCCCCGCCCGUCUCCUACCCGCAGGUCGUCCGGGGCCCGCAGAUGCCCGGCUUCCCCCCAGCCCCCGGGGGCGCUCGCCCUCCCGUCGCCCCCGGGCAGUUCGCCGCCAGGCCAGGGGCCCCGCCCGCGCCUUUCCCCAUGCCGCCGCCCCAGUUCGGGCAGCGCCCCAUGGGCCCGCCACCCCCUCCGAUCAUGCGCGGCCCGCCCCCACCGCCGAGGCCCGUCAUGACGGCUCCCCUGCCCCCCAGGCCCGGGAUGCCGCCAGGUGUGGUGUUUGCCCCGCCGAGACCUGGGAUGCCGCCCCCACCGCCUCCCAACCCGCAGCAGCCUCCUCAGAACCCGCAGCAGUAGUGAUUAUGCGGGUUUGUUGGGCAGGUAUCUGCCUGUUGGAAGAAGCAUGCAUAAAUCUUGCCGCUGAGCUAGUUCUGCGCUUCACCUUCCUCAGCUUCUUAUCUAGGACGGUUAUCUUCAUUAUCUGGCAUUUGGCAUGCAAGAUUUUCACAGAUUUUAAGGCUUUUUAGUAUUUGGUUUUUAAUUUCCAAACUGUUAAUCUGAUCUGCUGGAACUAGUCCAGCAGGGAUCUAGUAACUGUUACCUCUUUUUUUAAAAAAGAUUAUUAGUUAAUUGUCCCUGGAGAUUCAUCA